AUGUCUGCACCAGAUUGUACUAAUGGAGAGGGACAAUUUAAUUGCUGUGUGCAUGGAGAAUACUUUACAAGGAUAGCGAAAGACAAUCGUACAAAUUACUGUACCCAAUCCGCUAUCGGAUUCCACCACAGUUUUCGUUGGAAGUUUCAAGAAAAAGCCUUGGUUGUGCCAGCAACAGUCAAGAUGGAUAACAACACAAUGCAUCGUGGGAACGUCAAGGAAUUUCCCAACGCAGCCAGACCCUUGUGGUCUUUGGCGGUUGGGGAAUCCUUGAUUUUGCUCAAUAUGAUGAAUAACAACGUUUACUUUAAUUCCUUUCCUUUCAUUGCUUCAACUUGGCUGAAAGAUAUUUUCACUAUCAUCAAAGAUAAGACAAAAUGUUCUAUCUCAAAAGGUCAUAGUUUACCAGGUCAAGCUGGGAAGUUUUCGACCUUCCAAUCCUAUUUAAACACUGUUCCACGAAUCAAUUUAGUUUCCGAUGAAGUCUAUAGCCAAAUAAACCCUGGACGUAUAGACACGACACGUCGCGAAAACGAGGAAAUCGGGACAAAAGAUGAAAUAAUGCAAAUGUGUUCAGGGUACACCGAAGCUGAUGUCCUGCUUUUGGAAACAGGCUCGGACACCUCACUCAAUACUGGUGAUAAGGAUUGGGAAAAUCCACAAAAUAUCCCACUCGCUGAGGUGAAUUUGAAAGAUGAUGUUUCAGCUAUUAAAACCCAUUCUUUGCUUCACCAGAGCACCUCUCAACAAAGUGGGUUAGCACGCGCACCAUCGGCUGCUACAAAUCAAAAUCUCCGGUGCAACGAAUAUGAAACUGAAGCUAUGCGUCAAAUAAAAGACAUCCUUGAAGGCAUAGAUAGAGAACACACUUCUGAUGAAGAUGACGAUGAUGUCACUUUCGAUCAAAUAAAUCUUGACGAAAUUCAGACCUUGAAAAUAAAAAGUAAUGAAUAUAUUCGCAAUGAUUUCGAUCUGAUGUCUUCUAAAAGGUUGCCGUUUUUCGACCCGAUAAAUUCACAACUUCCGAGGUAUAAUGAAGAUCUCGGUGCAUGCUUGUUAGCAGAAUUAUUAAACAGUUUUGGCAUGAAAUACAAAAUUUCAAAAUAUAAAGAUAAACCAAAUCGACUAAAUUCAGACGAAAUUUUUUGUAAGAAUCUAUUUUUGAAAGAUCGAAAGGGGCAAUAUUAUUAUAUCAUAUGCAAUGAAGACCAAAAUUUCAAUUUGAAAAAGGCGGCAAAAUUUUUAGGUGCUCACAGAAAUUUAUCAUUCGCUUCAGAAUCGGACACUAAUAAUUUCAUGCACGUUGAAAGAGGUGGACUGACCCCAUUUGCAUUACUUUAUGACAGAGAGUGUAAAAUAAAGGUUGUUUGUACCACAGAUUUGUUGCUGGAAGCCGAUCAACUAUUCAACUUCCACCCAUUUGACGCAAAUUUAACGCUUUGUCUUCGCUUUGAUGAUCUGAUAAACUUUCUAGCCAUUUUUAACCAUUCUGUUGAUUUCUUACCUAUCUAACAUUUAUAAUUUCUUGAAAAUUAAAAUACUUUUUUCAUGUU